AUGGCCGGAGCCGUAAGUCUCUGGCGGAGAGAGGCCAUGUUCUUGACGGCGAUGCUUGCGUCCGAAACCGGUAUUGUCGGAAUAAAUACUCUGUUCAAAGCAGCGACUUCAAAGGGACUCAACUCUUACGCUUUCCUCGGCUAUUCUUAUCUUCUUGCUUCUCUUCUCCUUCUUCCUUCUCCUUUCUUCUCCAACAGGUCAAGAUCACUUCCUCCACUAAGUUUCUCAAUACUCUGUAAGAUAGGACUUCUUGGACUAGUAGGGUAG